GCGAUUGGCCGCAAGUGAGUGGGUUGUUUUUUAAGUUCCGACCCCGCCGCGUUGCAAGUGACUGGCGCCACCCGUCAGCUCGGCGAGCAUGCACAUAUCUGCACUGUGAACAAGAAAUAAACCCCUUGGACAUAAACACAAUCUCAUCAGUCUGCUCCCCGGCAGCCGAGGCUAGUGUGCAGCCUCCCCCACCUCCCCUCCUUCCACCAGCAGCAGCAGCAGCAGCAGCAGCAGCAACAGCAGCGACAAGGUGUAUGCGGACACUGCCGGCGAGGAAUCACUCUGUGUGUGUGUGUGUGCGAGUGAGUGAGUGAGUGUGUGUGUGGAAUUUUAGCUCUACAAGACUAAAUAUUGGACUUCUCAUCAAAAAAAAAAAUCAAAAAAAAAAAAAAAAAAAUCCAUCGAGAUAUCUUUCUGUAAAGAUACAUCCGAACCUGUUCGAAGUUUUGGGCGCGAUGGAGGUCGACCAGCCCCGGUGGAUGAGCCACCACCACCCCGCGGUGUUAAAUGGACAGCAUCCAGACCACCACCCGGGUCUCAGCCACGGUUAUGUGGACUCGGCGCCUUACCUCCCGUCUGAAGAAGUGGAUGUACUUUUCAAUAUCGACGGCCAAGCGAACCAUGUUGCCUCUUACUACGGGAAUUCUGUGAGGGCAGCUGUUCAGAGAUACCCCGCACCACACCACGGGGGUCAGGUUUGCCGCCCACCUUUGCUCCACAGCUCCCUGUCUUGGCUGGAUGGAGGCAAAGCCCUGGCAACUCAUCACAAUGCUUCCCCAUGGAACCUGAGUGCGUUCAGCAAGGCUCCUCUCCACCACGGCUCACCGGGAGGCCUCUCCGUGUACCCUCCAUCCUCUUCAGCGUCGCUGACCGGGGGCCACUCCAGCCCGCACCUUUUCACCUUCCCCCCCACCCCUCCCAAGGAUGUCUCUCCAGACCCGACCAUCUCCGGCCCAGGCUCGAAUCGCCAAGAGGAUAAGGAGUGCAUCAAGUACCAGGUGUCGCUGGCCGAGGGCAUGAAGUUGGAGACGGGCUCGGUUCACGCCCGAGGGGGCAUGUCGCUGGGAGGGUGCUCUGCCACCGGCCAUCACCCCCUCUCCUCCUACCCACCCUACGUCCCCGAAUACGGCUCCAGCCUCUUCCCGUCCGGCAGCUUGCUCGGGGGUUCUCCCCCAUCCUUCCCUUCCAAGGCCAGGCCAAAGGCACGCUCCAGUACAGGGGACCGCGAAAAAAUACUCCGUGACUGUAAAUUGCAUCAUAUGGAGGUUGACCGAGCAAGCUGUAGUGAACUGGGGAUAUGUACAUUCGACAUUCUAAUAGAAGGUCGAGAAUGUGUCAAUUGUGGAGCCACUUCCACGCCGCUGUGGCGGAGAGACGGCACCGGGCAUUAUCUGUGCAACGCAAUCUAUACCGGAGUGUACAGUGAGGCACACAAUAUUAACCGACCACUGACCAUGAAGAAAGAAGGGAUCCAGACCCGGAACAGGAAAAUGUCUAGCAAGUCCAAGAAGAGUAAAAAGACCCACGAUGGCUUGGAUGAGUUUUCAAAGAGCCUUAUGGAGAAGGCCAGUUCGUUCAGCCCGGCAGCCCUCUCCAGACACAUGUCACCCAUCCACCACAUCCAGCCCUUCAGCCACUCGGGCCACAUGCUCUCCACCCCAACCCCCGUCCACCCUUCCUCUGGCCUCUCCUUUGGACCCCACCACCCUUCCAGUAUGGUCUCCGCGAUGGGCUAGCGAGAGAAAGCCAAGCCCUCUUGGCUCUGCACCAAUAUCUCCCCCAACGAGAGGGGGAGGGGGGGGGAAACACACACUCCACACAAACUGCGAGCGACUUCAACCCGAUGAUAGGAAACCUCCGAGACUGUUUGACCGUAGACUCAACUUCGAUUAGCAAGCUUCACUGCAGAUGAGGGUUCCCCUAGGUUUCACCCUUUCAAGGGACAUCCAUGCACAAAUGGGUCGUCCCAACCAUUCAUUUGUGAAUACGCCAUUGUAGACUUGUCAUUUGUGAGACGGGAUCUUGUGCUGUGAAAACAAAAUAUCAUUCUCGACCAGAGGCCCCCCCAUCCUCCCCCUUCCCAACUUCCGUGCGGCAAAACCCACUUCCCGAAAAGACCAUGU